AUGCUUCUUGAACGUCUACGGGUUGCACCCUCUGCGGUGGCCGGUGUAAUUUUUGGCCUGACGCUUAUGCUGCUUGUCGACGGCAUCAUUACAGCGCAAAGUGAGGCGAACGUGGCGCACCGCACCACUUUUACGAUGCUUAUGCCUGCCAUUUUCUCCAUGGUUGGUUUCUUUAUGAUGAUUCUUGUCUCUCCCGUUGAGGUGAAAAACGACGUAACGAGGGCCAAAGUAGUGCUUUUCAUUAGCUGGAUUUUGUGUUUUAGCUCCGCCGUCGCCGCGCUUGUAUUGUGCAAGCUGAAGUUCACGGGGCUGCAGGAACGUAGGCACUCCGUUUUGGGAGUGGCGCUGGUCGGAUUUACCAGUCUUAUGCCACUCACUGGCGCCAUCCUUUGGUGGAGCAAGCAGUCUUCGCUGGACGACUAUUAG